AUGAUGCCAAAACUCAUUAGCUGGAACGUAAGGGGUCUCAAUGAGAUUAGUAAAAAGCUUGGUGUUCGAUAUCAGUUUUUGGGGUCAUCAGGGGUUUCAGGAGGCGUAUUGGUGAUGUGGGACACUAGAGUGCUUGAGAUGAAGGAGGCAAGUAUAUGGGUGUUCUCUAUAUCGAUUUCUUUCAAAAAUUGUGAGGAUGGAUUUCGGUGGAUGUUCACAGGAGUUUAUGGGCUUAGUUCUGAUGACAGUAGAGUGGGUUUGUGGAAUGAACUGGCUGGAAUGAGGGCUUGGUGGAAUCUUCCUACAUGUAUUGGGGGUAAUUUCAAUGUGAUUCGAUUUCCUUCGGAGAGGUCGAGUGGUGGGAGACUAACUAGGGCAAUGGAGGAGUUCUCAGAUUUUAUUAGGGAGAAUUUGUUAGUGGAUUUACCCAUGAUUGGGGAAGAUUUUACCUGGUCAUCCAAUCGGGAUCGACCCGUUUUGUCUCGUAUUGAUAGGUUCUUGAUUUGUGGGGAAUGGGAGUCUAAUAUUCAGAUGUCACUCAGAGAAAAUUGGGGAGCAGAGAAAAUUGGGGAGGGUUUUAGGGAGCGAGUACAGACGUGGUGGACUUCCUAUGAAGUCAGUGGGUCUCCCUGUUUUGUAUUGAACCAGAAGCUAAAGGCGUUGAAAGGGGACUUAAAGAAAUGGAAUGAGGAAGUUGUGGGCAAUGUUAACUGCAGUAAAAAUCAAUGUCUGUCAGAGAUAGAGGAAUUGGAUAGGCGGGAGGAGAGUCAGGGGUUGACCGGGGAGGAGAAGGAGAGACAUAGAGUAUUAAAGGAAGAGAUGGAGAGGAUGGUGGAGAUGGUGGAGAUUAAUUGGCGACAGAAAUCUAGAGUUACUUGGUUGAAAGAGGGGGAUAAAUGUGCUAAAUUCUUCCACAGGGUCGCCAAUUCUAAUAGGAGGAACAACUCCAUCACAGUUUUGGAGGUGGACGGGGUUACUUAUGAGGAACCACAACAAAUUGGAAGCCAACUGGUGAAUUUUUAUCAGAACCUCUAUCGGGAGCAAUUUGAAUGGAGGCCAGAAUUGGAGGGAUUGCACUUUUCUACAAUCACUGAGGAUGAUGCCCGAUAG